AUGGAACCAUCCCCCUGGAAGAAUUUUGAAACUCUCCAGCUUCAUGCUGGAUAUGAACCCGAUCCUGUUACUAGAUCCACCGCGGUGCCUAUCUACGCUACAUCUAGUUUCACUUUCAAUGAUUCUGCCCAGGCAGCGAGAUUGUUUGGUCUUAGGGAGCUGGGAAACAUCUACAGUCGCUUGACUAACCCUACUGUGGAUGUCUUUGAGAAACGUAUUGCUGCUCUCGAAGGCGGAUUUGCCGCUCUAGCGACCGCUUCGGGCCAGGCCGCGCAGUAUCUGACCUUGAUCAGUCUGACCCGACCUGGUGACAACAUCGUUGCCAGCUCGCAUUUGUACGGCGGCACAUACAGUCAGCUUGCCGUGCUCCUUCCUCGCUUCAACAUCACGACCAAGUUUAUUCAGAGCGUGAAACCUUCUGAUUUCGCCGCGGCCAUUGACGAUAAGACGAAAGCUAUUUAUAUCGAGAGCAUUAGUAACCCAGACCUCCUUGUUCCAGACUUUGAGGCAAUUGCCAAGAUUGCCCACGACCAUGGCAUUCCCCUCAUUGUUGACAAUACGCUCGGUGCCGGUGGCUACUUUGUUCGACCCAUCGAGCAUGGUGCGGACAUUGUCGUCCACUCCGCUACCAAGUGGAUCGGCGGCCACGGAACCACAAUUGCCGGUGUAAUCAUUGAUUCGGGACGUUUCGAUUGGGCCAAGAAUGGUGCCAAAUUUCCAGAAAUGGUCGAGCCAUCACCGGCGUACCACGGCCUCAGUUAUGCCGCUAGCUUUGGUCCAGCCACGUUUAUCAUGCGUGCCCGCAUAGAGAUGCUCCGCGACGUGGGCUCCUGCCUGAGCCCCUAUGCCGCGCACCAGUUGCUAAUUGGCCUUGAGACGCUGGCACUGCGAGCCGAGCGUCACGCGCAGAAUGCAGCCCAGCUGGCGGCGUACUUCCAGGCCCACCCAGAGUAUGUUAGCUGGAUCCUAUGGCCCGGUUCGGACAAACACCCCAGCCACAACAUGGCCAAGAAGUACCUGAACCGUGGCUUUGGAGGGAUGCUGAGUGUCGGCGUCAAGGGGGGUGCGGACCAAGGAAGCAGGAUAGUAGAUAACCUGAAACUGGUGUCUAACGUAGCGAACGUGGGUGACGCCAAGAGUCUGGCCAUUCACCCAUGGUCUACGACACACGAGCAAUUGUCGGCAGAAGAGAAAAAGACCUCAGGGGUGACGGAGGAUUUGAUCCGUAUAUCCGUGGGCAUCGAGCAUAUUGAUGAUAUCAUUGCCGAUUUCACACAGGCAUUCCAAGAGGUUUAUGGACAGUAA